GAUGGUGAUGAUGAUGGUGAUGAUGAUGAUGGUGAUUAUGGUGACCUGUCUCUCUCAGGGUCCGUCCUGUUGGGAAGACGUUCUCCUCCGAGGUCGUAUCCAUGGCGUGUGUCAAUCAGAGAGUUGUCAUGGCAACGAAGCGGAGUUUUACAUGAAGUGUGCGUCCCAUCCGACAUCAGAGGAUGAUGUCUCCGUGGCGCUCGACCUCAUCAUGACCAACAGCAGAGAAGUCCCGUGUAUUGCCUGCACCGACGUCAUGGACGUGGUCCUGGUCUUCCAGUGUUCAGAGCGUCAUGUGAUCUGUCUGGACUGUUUCCGUCGUUACUGUCAGACCCGACUCAACGAGCGCCAGUUUGUUCACCAUCCUGUGAUUGGCUACUCGCUGCCGUGUGCCGCCGGCUGCGUCGACUCUCUCAUCAAAGAGUUACAUCACUUCAGGAUUCUGGGAGAGGAUCAGUAUGGGCGGUACCUGCAGUACGGCGCGGAGGAGUGCCUGCUGAUGAUUGGAGGACUGAUGUGUCCGUCGCCCGGCUGUGGGGCGGGGCUUCUUCCACCUGAUGGCGGCAGGAGGGUGGAGUGUGACCGACAGCUCGGCUGUGGUUUCAUCUUCUGCAGAGACUGCAGGGAGGGCUACCAUGAGGGUGUGUGUCCCGCGGAACAGGCCACGCCCAUAGAUGAAGCCUCUCAGGUUUUUGUGGUGGAGGAGGAGGCCUCUCAGAGGGGGAGGUGGGAUCAAGCCUCCAUGCUCCUCCUGCAGGAGUCGACCAAACGCUGCCCUCAAUGUUCAGUUCCUGUGGAGAGAAACGGCGGCUGUAUGCACAUGCAGUGUCCUCUGUGCAGAGCUGAGUGGUGUUGGCUCUGUGGAGUCACCUGGAACACAGACUGUAUGGGAAACCACUGGUUUGGAUAGAACCUACUAUC